CCCCCGCCGCCGUGGAGCCCCCCAUGCACAGCGUGCAUGGCAGCAACCGGACCCGGCCGUCCUCCUACCGGGCGCUGCGCAGCGCCGUGAGCAGCCUGGCGCGCAUCGACGACUUCAGCUGCGAGAAGAUCGGAGCCGGCUUCUUCUCCGAGGUGUUCAAGGUGCAGCAUCGUGUGUCGGGUCAGGUCAUGGCCCUGAAGAUGAACAUCCUGGCCAGCAACAGAGCCAACAUGCUCAGGGAGGUGCAGCUCAUGAACCGACUGUCCCACCCCAACAUACUCAGGUUUAUAGGCGUGUGUGUGCACGAGGGGCAGCUCCACGCUCUCACUGAGUUCAUCAACGGCGGGAACCUGGAGCAGCUGCUGGGAAGCAACGUGUACCUGUCGUGGAGCGUGCGCCUCAGCCUGGCGCUGGACAUCGCCCGCGGGCUGCAGUAUCUGCACAGCAAGGGCAUCUUCCACCGGGACCUCACCUCCAAGAACUGCCUGGUGCGCUGGGAGAGCGGCGUGUGCUCGGCCGUGGUGGGAGACUUUGGCCUGGCGGAGAAAAUCCCAGAUUACAGUGAGGAUGAAGACCAGGAGCCCCUGGCCGUGGUCGGCUCCCCCUACUGGAUGGCCCCGGAGGUUCUCCGAGGAGAAGUCUACAAUGAGAAGGUGGACGUGUUUGCGUUCGGGAUCAUCCUGUGUGAGGUCAUCGCGAGGAUACAGGCCGACCCUGACAUCCUGCCACGCGCCGAGGACUUUGGUCUGGACGUUGAGGCCUUUCAGCAGAUGGUCGGCGACUGUCCCUCUGAUUUCCUGGAACUGGCCGUUACCUGCUGUAAUAUGUCUUCAAAGCUCCGUCCGUCCUUUUCCCAAAUCGCAGAGGAGCUGGAGCGGAGGCAGGCGGAGAGGAAGCAGAAGGACGAGGUCAAAGCCGUCUCUCCAGCCGUCGGCCCCCUGCGGAGUUCCCUCUUCCGCCCGUCGGACCCCCGACUCUCCCGCAGCAAGUCGGACAUGCUCCACCCCCAGGACACGCCCCCCUCCGUCCACCUGGCGCCCCCGGCCCGGGUCAACCCCUUCUCUCAGAGGGAGGACCUGAACGGCGGCAAGAUCAAGCUGUUCGACACGCCCAGCAAGUCGGUCAUCUCCCUGACCUUCACGCUGCCCCCCCCGCCGGACUGCGACGACCCCUCGGCCUCCGAGGCGGACGGCGUCAACCUGCACCGGCGGCACCGGCGCUGCCACUCGCUGCCGUGCACGCCGCCCCCCCACAUCACGUCGGCGCCGAAGAGCGUCCUCACCGAGGAGGAGUCGCCGCCCGAGAGGAGAGGUGAGAUAAAUAGAGAGAGCUACGAAGACGCCCUGUCGGAGGGGAAGGAGGCGGAGCUGGCAGGAGACUCGGGUCUUCCUCUGUCUCUCGAGCCGCUGUCCCUCGACCAGGAGGAUGAGGAGGAGAGAGAGGAGGAAGAGGAGGAGCCUAUGGACUGCACCAGCUCUCCGGACACACAGGACGAAAGCACUUCCUCUCCGUACUCCGAUCCCUCUCCUCCUCCCUCCCACUCCUCCACUCCCCUCCAGCCCUCCACCCCUCCCUUCUCUAACGGCUGGGGGUCCGCCAUCUCCAACGGGCCCCCGUGCCUGCCCCCCCUCUCCUGUUUGGACAACAACAACGUGGUGGUCAGCCGGCCGCUGGGCUGGAGCAGCUCGACCCCGAACGCCGCCGCUGCUGCCGUCAACAACAACGGCUACCACUCCCCCGGAGACCCCGCCUCCGGCUCCUCCCCCUUCAGCAGCGGCCACUCCCUGGACCAGGAGGAGGUGGUCUCGUGUCCCGGCUGCUGCCUCGCCGGCCUCCGCUUCCCCUCGCUGUGUCUCCGGGCGCCCCCCCGCAGGAACCCCUACAAGAACCUGAACGGGGACCACGCGGCCUCUCGGGGGCUGCUCGGCCCGGGACCCAAGGGUCUGCCGCCCUCCCCUCACCCCCCCACCUCCACCACCAACACCACCACCACCAGCCGGGAGCCGGGCCUCGCCUUGCCGGGGGCGCAGACAUAAGCUCCGCCUCCUCCACACCAAACACCCGGGUGGAGACUCCGAGAGCACCGAGAGAUCUUCCCUGGAAGUGAAGCGGCUCUUCUUUGAAUUUGCACAUAUUUGAACACAGCAAUACUCUGCUUCUCCUCCAGGUGGUGGUGGUGGGACUGGGAGCUUGUUCCCUCUUGACUUUCUCUUGUGUGUGUGUCGCCCUCUGCUGGGCUGAGGGCGUCGGCUGUGCCUGCGUGGAUGAGACCGACGAGACCGAUUUUCCGCAUGUGAACACUCGGGCGGGCGGGCGGGGGGGCGGUCGAUUCCGAUCCUGUGUAUUUUUUUUGCAGAUUGUCAAGAUUCUUACGACUGAUGACGACGCUGGAAUGAGGAAUGUUAAGCUUAGUGUUAUUAUUACUGUUGCAAUGAUUUGUUGAUGUUUGGUGCUGUUUCUGAACGAACAGGCAGUUUUUGCUUUUGUGUCUUUAAUUAUCAAGGUGUAUAGUGCACUGCUGAGAGUUAUAUAUAUGUGUGUGUGUGUGUGAAUGUGUGUGUGUGUGUGUGUGUGAGUGAGAGCUGUACACCGACUCUUUUUGUUUCUGUAUGAUCUGUGUCCUCCCUCCUGGUGAAGCACUUCAUCUGUAUUACUGUUGUUAAAAAGGAAGCUGUUGAUGUUAUUAUUACUUUUUGAGAAUGAACGGUCGAAGACCUGCUUAAGAGAUGUACAGAUUCUUAUUAUUUAAACAUGGCAUUGAAAUAAAAUGAUAGAAUGCAGUGAA